UGGUGCUGUGCAUCUGCAACAUGGAUGGUAAGCCUGGGGAAAUCUCCAAGGUGUCUGCCAGCAGGUGGUGCUGUGCAUCUGCAACAUGGAUGGUAAGCCUGGGGAAAUCUCCAAGGUGUCUGCCAGCAGGUGGUGCUGUGCAUGUGCAACAUGGAUGGUGAAGCCUGGUGGAAUCUCUAAGGUGUCUGCCAGCAGAUGGUGCUGUGCAUGUGCAACUUGGAUGCUUGCCCUUAGUGCCUACUGGACUACCCUUACCCCUGCCCACUUGGAACUCAUCAAUACAUACAUGGACUGCCACACCAUGCGCCUGUUAUCCCUUUUGUAUGUA